GGAUUUGAUGGGAUUCAAACUCAGGCAAAUGGAGUCAAAUGUGGUUCCAAAGGCAAAGGACUCAACCGCCACAAAGUCCUCUCUGAACUCACUGAUGGGCUUCUUCACUCGAGCAAGGCGAGGCGAGGCCAGGAUGAACGGCGACUCAGGUGCCGGAGUGGUGACAGCACCCCCUCCCACCACGGCCCCCCACAAGGAGCGCUACUUUGACCGGGUGGAUGAGAGCAGCCCGGAGUACCAGAGGGAGAGGAACAUGGCUCCUGACCUGCGGCAGGACUUCAACAUGAUGGAGCAGAGGAAGAGGGUCUCCAUGAUACUCCAGAGCCCGGCAUUUUGCGAGGAGCUGGAGACGAUGAUCCAGGAUCAGCUGAAGAAGGGCAAAACUCCCACCAGCCUGCUGGCCCUGCAGCAGAUCGCUGACUUCAUGACCACCAGCAUGCCCUCCAUGUACCCGGCUGCACCGCAAGGAGGCAUGGCAGCGCUCAACAUGAGUUUGGGCAUGGUGACCCCGGUGAAUGAUCUGCGUGGCUCCGACUCCAUUUCCUACGACAAGGGCGAGAAGCUGCUGCGCUGCAAGCUGGCUGCCUUCUACAGACUCACCGAUUUGUUCGGCUGGUCCCAGCUUAUCUACAACCACCUCACAGUCAGGGUGAAUUCAGACCAGGAGCGCUUUUUGAUUGUCCCCUUUGGGCUCCUGUACAGUGAGGUCACUGCCUCCAGUCUGGUGAAGAUCAACCUUCAAGGGGAGAUAGUGGACCGUGGCAGCACCAACCUGGGCGUCAACCAGGCCGGCUUCGUCCUGCACUCUGCCAUCUACGCUGCCCGGCCUGAUGUCAAGUGCAUCGUACACGUACACACACCCGCUGGAGCGGCGGUGUCGGCCAUGAAAUGUGGCCUGCUGCCCAUCUCACCCGAGGCGCUGUCUUUGGGUGAAGUGGCCUACCAUGACUACCACGGCAUACUGGUGGAUGACGAAGAAAGCGCCCUCAUACAGAGGAACCUGGGGCCCAACAGCAAGGUGCUCAUCCUGAGGAACCAUGGCUUGGUGUCUGUAGGCGAGACAGUGGAGGAAGCUUUCUAUUACAUCCACAACCUGGUCACUGCCUGUGAGAUUCAGGUGCGAACGCUGGCCAGCGCUGGAGGGCCGGACAAUCUGGUGAUGCUGGACCCAGGCAAGUACAAGCUGCGCCCAAAGGUCCCUGAGCCUGCCGGUGACGGGACCGCUACACACCCCAAGUGGCAAGUCGGGGAGCAGGAGUUUGAGGCCCUCAUGCGAAUGCUGGACAACCUGGGCUACAGGACGGGCUACCCCUACCGCUGCCCGGCAUUGCGAGACAAAGCUAAAAAGUACAGUGACGUGGAGAUUGCUCCCUCCGCCCACGGCGGUUACUCCUACGGGGAGGACAGUGACUCAGGCGCUCGCUCCCCGCUGAAACACAGCUUCCAGCGCGGCCAGCGUGACAAGACUCGCUGGCUCAGCUCCAGCAGCCGGCCCGACGAGCCGUACGAGGACGGGCCCGACGGCAGCAGCCCCAAGUCGAAGCCUAAGGUGUGGACGAACAUAACACACGAUCACGUCAAACCCUUGCUGCAGUCUCUCUCGUCCGGUGUCUGCGUGCCAAGCUGUAUAACCAACUGCUUGUGGACAAAGGAAGACGGGCUUCGCCAGGCGGCCGUAGCCAAUCAGUUCAUCCCUUUGAACACCAACCCGAAAGAGGUCCUGGAAAUGAGGAAUAAGAUCCGGGAGCAGAACCUGCAGGACAUAAAGACCGCAGGACCCCAGUCUCAGGUUCUGUGUGCCAGCACCGUCGUGGAGCGCACCUACACCCAGAGAGUGUCACUCUGGCAGGACGCCCCUCGGUCUGACUGUACGGACACUAUUGAUGGCCUCGAUGUGUCCGAGGGGGCCUAUAGUCCUGCUAAAAUUAGAAAGGGGGAGCUGGUGACGGCGUCCAAGGCCAUCAUUGAGAAGGAGUACCAGCCCAAGGUUAUUGUCAACAAGCAGGGGCCCAACCCCUUCACCAAGCUGACCGACCAGGAGCUGGAGGAGUACCGCAAGGAGGUGGAGCAGAAACAGAAAGGGCCUGAAGUGCAGGGACCACCACCCUCAGCCACCAGCUCACAGCUUCCUGAGCAUGAGGAAGUAACAAGAGGGCAAGCCCCUUCCCCCACACCCCCGCAGUCUGCAGCCACACCACCGCCUCAUGAGGAAGCGCCCGUCUCAGAGAGGCCCCCCUCACCGGCUGCCGAUCCCGCCGCACAAGCCCCUGCGCAGGUCUCCUCCUCCCUCCGCCUCUCCGGUGAGGUGGAGCCGGCCGAGGGGCAACUAGAGUCUCCUCCGAACCCGGAAGACGAGGGGUCCACAGCUCCAGACUCCCCCCAUAAGGAGUUCCACUGUGCCGUGCUGCGAGCCCUCAGCAAGGAGCAGGCAGUGGUAGACGCAGCAGAGGCAAAUCAGGCUCCAGACCAAGAGCAGCUAGAAGAGCCCGAAGAGGAGGCCAAAGGCCAGAGCCCCACCUGCACGCCCCCCAGCACCCCCAUCAGAGCAGAGGAAGAGUCCUUGCCAGAGCAGACCUAUAAGGACGAGAGCGACGCGGCCACCCUGAGACAGACCCUUCCCGAUCUAACACCCGAUGACCCCUCUGAUGCCCCCGCGCUCCCCGCCGAAGAGCCCGCCCCCGUCCCUGCCCCCGCUGCCACAGACACAGCCGAGGGGGAGGAGCCUGCCGACGCUGGCGACCAGGAGGGCGACGAGUCCCCCAGCAAAUCGCCCUCCAAAAAGAAAAAGAAGUUCCGCACUCCUUCUUUCCUAAAGAAAAACAAAAAAAAGACAGAAUCCUAGAUUGGCAGAAAGGUUGGAUCGGUCCUCAAGGCUGGCUUCCACCUCCUCUUUCGUUUUUAUCUUCUUUUUUUUUUUUUUUUGUCCACUACCAUUGCACCGUUUUGAGCGAUCACCACUUACACGCAUUUAUGCUUUUCGUUGUUUUGAUAUAAUUUGUCCCUGGCUUAUUAACCUGUUUCUCCUUGUUAGCGUGUGCCAAUUUUGUAUACAGUGUAAAAAGGAUUGACUGCUUGAAGGUUUUUAAUUAACAGUGGCUUUUAGUUGUGAGUGAGUGGUAUAUUCUGUCUCGUCCAGUUCAGUGGCUUUUUACGCAUGUCUGCUACUUCCAGCCCACAUAGUCAAUGUGAGGUUUAGGUUUUUAUCGCCCUCAUUUAUUAUUAUUAUUUUUUUUGUUUUUUAAAGAAUAUUACUAAGCUAUUGUAACCACUAGAAUGUAUUGGGAUUGUAUCAAAACAUGUCAGAAGUGGCUUUUAAAAAAAACAAAACAAGGAAUGCAAAAGAGAAGCUUGUAUCCUCUCAUUUAACUGGUGGGAAAUUCUGACAGUGAAAACUACAAAUUGCAUAGCGCUAGUUUUAACCCUUUGUGACUCAAAAUCCACCCACAAUUUGUAAAAAAAAAAAUAACACAGGGCACGGCUUUAACUUAGAGCUGUGCUGUAUAAUGCUUUAGAUCUUCAAAUCACACAGAAGGUUGCAUCAUGCAAGCUGUUCAAUGUGAAGGAAUGUGUGUGGGAAAAAAAAAAAAACGAUUCUCAACAUAGAUUUUUAAUGUUUUGGUAAUCCUUUGAACUUGCCUUUUGCUCCCUGAGUUCUCCACACGGCAGCAAAAGGCAGAAACCAGAGACAAGUGGAUCAUGUUGCAUAUUUGAUUUUGUUGUUAAUAAUAAAAUCCAGUUUAAGUUUUUUUUUUUUUUCUCAAAAAGUAGAUUGAGCCAUUAUGACUUGCUGUGAGAGAGCACUGUGAACCACCUCCUUUUAUAAACCAUGGCCCGGGAAGCUGGGAGCCCAUUGCUUUUGGAUGUCACAGUAUAUCAUAGGAUAGGUGCAGUUGUUACAAAACAUGUUGAUGAUAAUAUUGCUGCAUGACUCAUCAUGUACUCCUCAGCCUGGACUCCCCUGUGUAAAAACUCCACUCCGAGCUAAUUGACUUUCUCAGUGAAUAUCUCUUUCUUAUGAGUCGCAGUCAAGACACUGCGGACACCGAAGAAGCAAUUGAUGCGUAAGCGGUGUUGUGAUUGCAAAUUGGCUGGGUUCAGGGUUACGGGGCAUUAAUACCAAGGUCACAUUCCUAUGAAGCUUCAUGGACGUGUUCUUCCAUCCCGUCGCAGUGACAAAUUUCCCCUUGGGUGUCUAAUUCACGAUGAACUGAAAGGCAAAACCAACCCUCGCCUAGAGUACAGCUCAUGGGAAGCCACACCUAAUAAUCUGAGAUGUUUGAUAACCCCCGACCUUUGUUUGUGCCACCACAUCAGGUGAUGGAUUAACAUGCAAGCUAAGAAUGUGUACAUCCUGGAGGACUGCAUGGCGUUAGACCAGUUAGAGCUCGUUCUGUCCUCUACAUGACUGUAACUACCCCUUUUAUAUCUGCUAGAUUGUGCUAAUAGCAAUACUAUAGUCCUUUCUAGUCAUGGGUUUAAUUGAGUUGGUCAUAGUUUUUUUUUUUUUUUAUGGUUGGUUUUUUGUUUUAUUUUUUCCCCCAUCUCACAGCUAUGCUGAUUUGUAAUCUCUGUCUGAACUACUUCCCAUUUAAAUGUCUCAUCAUUAUACCGUCUACAGACUUAUUACCACCGCCUCUCUUUUUUUUUUCAUGGUACUCUUUUUCCAACCAUGAAUAAAAAAUACACUACCUUGAAGACCA